UUCCAAUCCAAGACCAUCAUAUUGUUUUCCAGAGCUUCGGACCGUUCCCGUUUGCCCUUUUCGAGCGAUUGCGGGGACAUCAGUCCUCCGGAAGCAAAAGCAUUCGUCUCCUCCCUGCCUCGUGAACACCUGUGACGAUUCUCGAACGAAUUGCAGCACAUACCGUCGAAGGAAUUCCCUUAUCAUACGAUGAUGAGUACCCAUGCCCCUGCGGUUGAUGACUUUGUCGAUCGUGUGCUCGACGUGAUAAACUGCGAGCCCGUUGAAACAGACAACUUCCUUCGUUCAGUUUUUUCCCAGUUCGGUGACGUGGAAUUUAUUGUAAGGUGGAGCAGCGCCGGUUUAAAGCACCACGCUUUCGUGGGUUUCCGAGAUCCUCAACCUGUUGCUGUGGUUGUGCACAAACAGCUUCCUCAAGCUCUUUCAAGAGGCUGGCGUCUUUCGCGCCUUAAUCCAGACUUAAGAGAGAGAGUAGCUAGUAUGGUUCCCCCCGGGACUGACACGUCCCCCGGAAUUCACCCCCCUCCUCCAAACGACUCUUUGGUUUCUCCGAGGCUUAGCAACCAAGAUAGAAUUAGAUCUCAUAGUCGUAGCCAGCUGCCAGUGAAUGGCUGGCAACCCGGCCCUCACUCUGAAGGACGGGCUGCGCCGAGGUCCAAUUGGGACCGCGACCCAGUUCGUAGAAGCUUCCCUUCCCCAGGUGAUGUGCCCCCCUAUGGCAGAACCAUGCCUCCUCCCAGUGAAUAUGAUCUUUAUGACGUUGGCCCCGUGAUGAGCGGACCACCGCUGGAUUUGGACCCUAUAAGAGGUGUACAUCAUGGUGAUCACAGAGUACGUGGUCGGUUCGAACGUAAUCGCUCCUUGUCGCCCCCUCCAGGCUGGGGUGGUCCAGCCACCCCUGACUGGGACCUUGCUAGGCCACUGUCACCCCGUUUGCGUGGCAGAAAUCGGUCUCCCCAGAGGCUUUCAUCCCAUUCUAUUCCUGGCCCUCCUCCCAGGCCGCCUUUUCCCCAUGAUCCUCGUGAUCAUGGUUUGCAUGUUGCCGAGAAAGGUCCCGCACCGGGUCCCUUCUACAAUCCCGAACACGAUCGUUGGCCCCGACGUCCUCCUUCACCUCAAUGGAUUGUACCCGGCCCCGGCGCCUUUGGCAUUCCGAAGCGCGCGCGGUCCAUGUCUCGUGAACGCCCAUCCCACCCUAAUCGACAGCCUCGUACGAGCGACGUUCGUAUGAGCACUGAGAAGGAUAGGCAUCGCAAGCACCAGCGUGAGGCUAGUCAAACCCAUCUCAAGUCCUCUAAUGAUACGGCCGCCGAUACUUCAGUCCCACGUGGGCGCUCUGUUUCUCCUGUGGGGCAGCGUGGUGUUUGGCCUCCUGCGGAUGCGCUUGGGCAAUCUGUGGACCCCAGGCAACCACUUAAUAACAAGUCGUCAGUCACAACAGUAUCAUCCCCGACCCCUCUGUCCGCUUCGGCAGAGUCUUUCUCGACCGCUCCCGUCCGUGAUAGCACAAGCUCAGUGUCAACCAUCCCUGCAGCUGUUGAAGCGACUCCAAUACAGCUUGGUCCUGCAGAAACAGCUGUUGAUUUGAUGAUGUCUCCCGGUUUCGAGCUGCCUUCUCACCCUGCUUCUCUCACCGAGAGGAUGAAGCAGGAAAAGGCCCCGAUGGAGGCUUACAUGGGUCUUGCCCAGGAAUAUGCCAAACACGACGUGAAUCUCGCUGAAUGGGUAUGUCUGUCGCCAUCUCGAUUUACUAUUGCUUAGAUGUUGUCUCUACUUAGGUUGCUAUGACAGGAAUUGAAUC